GUUGGAAUCAAAGCAGCUGUUGCGGACGGACCUUCAACGCAGCCCGCAAUGUAAAGAGCGCAUCUACUCCGCCUUGAGCAUUCGCCUUUAAUUUUAAUGCGCGCUCGAAAUAAAAGCGAGAAAGGGGAGCUAGAGCCGAGGUAUUUUUAGUGCAAUAGAUUCCCAACCACGUGUGCGCACGUUGAUCGAGAUAUGUUCUGCAACACAGCGAUUCAGUCGGCCUCCUUGCCAAUCCUGUUCCUUGGACUUGUGUCGGAUUUGGUGCGCUGCGCUCCCCUCUCCGCCCGGCACAACGCUACCUUGGAGCGCAAAUGGGAGACGCUCCUGUCGCGCUCCAUGCCUCGACUCCCCGGCGACAGGAGGGCCAUCAGCCGGGAGACGGACUAUCUGCUGGGCAUCAAGCGACUGCGACGCCUUUACUGUAACGUGGGCAUCGGUUUUCACCUCCAAGUGCUGCCCGACGGGAGGAUUAAUGGCACACACAGCGAGAAUCUACACAGCAUUUUAGAGAUUUCUCCGGUGGAAAGGGGGGUCGUCAGUCUCCUGGGAGUCAGAAGCGGCCUAUUUGUAGCCAUGAACAGCAAAGGCAAACUUUACGGAUCGGCGCAUUACAGCGACGAAUGCAAAUUCAACGAAACUCUCCUGCCCAACAACUACAAUGCCUAUGAGUCCAGAGAAUACCCCAACAUGUACAUAGCGCUGAGCAAGAAUGGCAAAACCAAGAAGGGGAACAGAGUGUCUCCUGUUCUGACAAUGACACAUUUUCUACCGAGAAUGUGAGAUCGCCCCCCACCCCCCCCCCCUCAGAAAUGACCUCGGGAGGGCAGAAGGAUGAUGGGGGUGGGAGCCAAUGCCACGGCCGGUGCACUUUCAGGAAAGCUUCAUGCAAGACGAAUAGGUGUAUCAUAUAUUUAACUUAAUUGUGACUAAAUAUUUAAAUCUGUAUAUUUUGUUCAGAAAAUUUAUUUAUAGUUUUGCUGAUUUUUUUAAUUUUAAAUUUAUUUGUCGGCCAGAACAUAAGUGGUGCAUUGUGCUUGUGUGCGUGUGUUUGGAAUUUGUCCUGUAAUAUUUUGUUUUAAAAGGUGAAACGGAAGAUCGGGUAUGUACUGUAAUCGUCAAUGUUGUGUGAUGGAGGUCCCUGGUGUGUUUGCCUUUAAAAACAAUAUAUAAAUCUAAUUGUUUCUCAAAGUAUAAAGUCUUGGUCUUCACCCCAUAUGACGUUUUGUAGGUGUCCGUUUUGUAUGUGUCUGCUUGUAACAAUGUCUGAUAUCUGUCCUUUGUGUGUCGUGGUAGCUAUCUAAUUUCAAUGGAAUCCGUCCACUUCUGACACGGAGAGUACAGUCUUGCGGGUGCUAACCCACAAAUCUGUUUUUAGACCUGCCGCAGCUGAACUUUGAACUCCCCAUGCAGUCAAUCUUUGUCAGAUCUUCAGGUCAGAAGCUUUUCUUAACCGGCCUGCUAGCUUCAGCAAUUCAGUCUCACAAAUGACCACACAAAUGCUUUUGAAAGGAAGACUUUCUGCCCCAUUCGUGGAUAACUAGAGUUGGGACCAUGCACCAUUAGUGUACCACUUACACAAAGCUCCUCAAAAAGCACUUCACAAUCAAGGUCCUUUGAAGAGGAAGACACAUUAUUUGCUCAGCACCCUCAGGAGAUUUUAAUUCCAGCAGUAUUGUCCAGGAGGUACAUACAUUCUUUUUUUUUUUUACAUUCAAGAAUACAUACAUUCUUUUCAAAUAAAAUAGUUUUCCAUUCCUUAAUUCGAUGAAAUGAUCUACCUCAUUUUCAGACCCCUGAAUAAAAUAGUCUCCUCCCAAAGGCUGCGCAGAAUGCUGUACUGAGUGCUUGUCCCUGAAAUAUUGUUGGUGAUCUUAAGUCAACACGCUACCAUAUGUAGCCACAAGUAGCCGGGAGGACGUCCAUUGCAUCCUAGUUGAGCCUUGUCACGUUUGAGCUAUCUUUACCCUGUGAUUUACUUUUAGUAGGGAUAAUCAUGGUGAAAAUAUUUGCAGACAGCUGUUGGACUGCACUAUAUGGCCAUUGCGUAACCCUAUAUUUUCUUUAUAUAUUUCUUUCAAACCCCCCACCUACCUCUGGUCUCCAUGCAGAAGAAAACAGCAGCAAACUUUAAAUUCAAACAAUCUGUUCGGGAGAAAUGCGGAGGGAGAGAGAGAAAAAAAAAACCCUUUUCAUAGUUUGAAGAGAUAAGGAAACACAAUUAAAAAAAAUGCCAUCCCAUCGUGUGUUGGAAUUGGAGGGUCUGGUUACGUGAUUCAUAUGGGGACUGCCAUAAACUGCAGACAGAAAUUCUAAAGACCUUGUUAAAAUGUCUUCUGCUGUUCUCUUUGUUGCUAAGAUGGCAAAGAUGGAAAAAAUAAAAAUGUCACAAUAAAUCUUGGGUUUGACACUUAUGGAUCUGACAUUAGCAACGAUUAGUUCAGUUUUCAACAUUCCUUUCGAUAAGCUGCUACUCAUCUUACUCGAACUUUUUAAAGCUGUUAAAUCUUUUAGGUAGAUUGACCUUGGGGAAGAAAGCUACUCAGAACCAAAACAUACAGAGAUAUGAGGGAAAUAUUCCAGGACAAGGCCCACCCUUGCUGCGCAUGUUAUGUGGUCUGCAUGUUAAAGCAUCUACUUUCUAAUCCUCUGCUUGUCCCUUGGUGAGGUUAGUCUGUGAACGUUUGGUGACUGAAUUACUGGGGUUAUGUGCUCCUUCCAAUACUAUACAGUAUGCACAAAGUGAACCUUUGUCACUCCAUCCCAAGGCAUAAAUAUCUGCUGGUUGUUAAAGGGCCUGCAAGACUUAGUUGAUUAAUUGUUUCUAUGGCUUUAAGUAGUACCAAUAAUAAACUUAAGAUUCAGGUCAUAACUGAAUGGAACAAUGGAAUGGGGAACCUUGUAGGACUAAAAUUACUUACCAGCAAUAAAUACAAAUAUAGAAUAAUUUUUAGAAUAUUAGAAAAAAAAAACUGUAAGGUUAUCAGAAAAUGUUGUAAAUGUAAAUGAUGUCCACAAUAUUUUUGAGGGGAAAUGAAAAAAAAUCAUAUCGAUUAAUAUCUUAGUGAUGUCCUGUAAGAAUUUUAAUUUUGACAUUUAAUUUACGCAUCAUUUACAGGAAAAUAUAAUGUACAAUUUAUAUUUUCACACAAAUGAGAAAUUCUGACAACACAACAUGUCUUCUGAACUCAAAUCAAUUUGUUAUAAUGCGAAAAAAUCUCAGUGGAACCCACGCUGCUUGAAAACUUGCAAGUAUAUUUUCAGCUAUUGUUCCUAUACUACAAAGCUAUUUUGGUUUUGGCCAAGGUUAGUGCAGCGUUUUGAACAGACACUUGGUACAUCCAGUCACUGGUUCAGUGAUAGCCAACUGUUUAAACAUUCUCAACUGACCGGUUGGUUGUCUUGCAAUAUUCACAUUAGUUAUGCCUUGGGAUGUAUUGGCAAUUGAGUUUUUUUUAAUGUAUUACUUGAUAUAGUUGUCAUAUGAUAUUUAAACUUUAAACCCAUCGAUAUGUGUCUGUAGUUUUAUACAGCUAAUGUUUCAUAUUGUGGUGUAUGUGCUGUGCACAUUGGAAGGAAUGAUAUAAAUGAAAGCUUAUCUUUUACAUGUGUCGGUGUAUGAAUUAAAACUAAUUUUAAAGUACCUUCCAAAAUUUGUGUUGUCAUUUGAAAUUUAAAUCUAAGCACAAUCAUGAAAAUUCCACGUGAUGGAGGGAAAGAACUAUAAUGUCCAAUCAUAAAUAAAUCAUUUCUAAAUUUUUGACCUUCUUUGGGUUUCUGCUGUAUCCAUCUUUUGUUUCGGUGACUAGACAGACAAGCUCGAAAAUGUGAAGGCUAUACUGAAAAUGGUCCAGGAUUAUUCCCUAAUAUGAGAGCGCUGGAUUUGUUUAUAGAUAGAGAUAGAGAUGCAGUGU